GAGGCUCCUUAAAAUAUUUGAAGAAUUCCUUUCUCACCUUGGAGAGUUUCUAACUGCAGCCCCAGCACCCAGCCAGCCCAAGGAGCACUUCCUCAUGCUCAGGCCAGUGCAGCUCCCCACAGGUGCCUGGGGCCCCUCUGCCCUGGCAACUCUGGGCACGAAUGCGCUUAUGCCUGAAGAAUGCUGGGAACCCUCUCUUGCUAGCCACCCAUCACACUAACCUGGGAUGGGCUCUGGGACAGUUAAACCCUAACUCUCCCCUCUCCAAGGACCUACCAUCCCAACCCACAGCAUGCUGGUGAUGUCCAUGGGUCUUUAAACCCCUGCACCUGGCCAUGCUGUGUACCUGGAUCAAGGUUGACCUAGACACUUAGCCCCAUCGGACCAGCUAGCCGCCCUCUCAGGGAGGCAGGCCAGGGACAGCUUCCACUCUGCCUGGCCCGCCCUCCCUGCACACCUACCAGGAGGGCAUCAGUGCAGUAUGGGCCUCUCCCGUGAUGUGACCCAGCUGGUAUCCCCAUGAAAAGAGCAUCGGCAGUCAGUGUAGAGUGAGGCCAGGCAGGGCCUGGGACCCCAUCCUUCAGGGGAGCAGGGAGCAAGACCCAAGUGUAAACUGAUGCUCCAAGCCCCAGUGUGUUCCAUUGUCCCAUCAGACGUCACUAACAACGCACAAGUUUAAAGAAAAAAUGAUUAAGAAGUUCAAGAGGACCACCGGAGAGCAGCAAACCAAGCAUGGGACCCUUCUGCCUGUUACAGAGAUGAGGGUAGCAAGAGCUACGUUUCGGGAAGUCUGAUCUGUUUAGAGUCAGGAAGAGUUUAAAAGAGCUUCAUUUAUAAUUCCAGGCAGGAUGCCAAAAUGGGAAAUUAGAUUUUCCAGUACCAGGAACCUAGUACCAGACACGUGGUUAGAAGUAGAGUCUGAGUCACCGGGAACAAAGAAGAAGAAGAGGUGUCCCUUGUUCCAGAGCAGGAGAGCGGGACUUCUAGUUGUGUAGUUGUGUGUCUGUAUUUCUGAGCUGCUGAAGGAUGAGAGGGCUCUGCAGCUGCAAAACAAAGGCAAAAAUGUAUUGUCAUUAGAAAAAAACAAGGCCCAGAGGCCACGGGGCAGAUAAUCAGGUAUAAGGGAGUCACACCCAAGGUGGCAUUCUGCAAUCUUGGUACGCCCACCUCUAGAAAGUCCACAACCAUGCAGGCCCUCUGCCGAGGAGUGAUGACAGGAGAUGACAUCACAUAUGACAACGACAUCUCCGUGGAUGUUCUAAAGGGGUACAAUAUUAUGGGAUAAGUUGAGGUGCCUGGAUAUCUUAUGGGUGGUAGAUGGCAAUUCUGACUUGGAAUCUUUUGGAUUUCUCUAGAAAUACCCUGGGUGGGACGUGAUAGCAUGAUAGUCAGGAGGGCUUUUUAAUUUGCUUUUAGCUUGAAUUCAAAUCUGCUACUUUGUGGUCAUUUAUCAUUUUGACUUGGGGCUUGAUGCUGCCUCAGUGUUUUGGGGGACAGAAGAACACCCAGAAUCUGUAAGGCCCAGUUGAUUGGAUAGAGACACAAACCCUGAAAGAGAGAAGGAAUAAGACCAACUAUGGGCUCCUUAAAAUGUUGGAAGAAUUCUCUUCUCACUUGGAGUGAGAAAGACUUUCUAACUGCCACCCAAGAUGCAGACACUAAGAAAGAAAACACCUUGAAGUCUGAAAGCAUAAAACUCAGAAGCUUCUGUGUGGUAAAAACAAAAAACAAAGAAACAGCACAGACAAGUCAAAGGACAAGUGACAACGGAAAGGAAAAAAAAAACAGAUGUGACUCAUAUCACAAACAAAGGGCCGGUUUCCCUCAUACUUAAAAAGCUCCUUCAAACCAAUAUGAAAAAAAAAAGUAACUGCUCAGUAGAAAAAUGGGCAAAGGUACAAACGGACAGUUAACAAGAAAGGAAAUAGCUCAGUAAGAAUAUGAAAACAUGCUCAAUCUUACUUGGAAUAAGAAAAAGGCAAAAUUAAUGUUCGUCCAAAGACAAUUUUGCAUUUAUGAAUUUGGUUUAUAAAAAUCCAAGAGCUUGAUGAUAACCUCUGAAGGUUGUCAUUAUCAUUAUUAUUCCCCAUAAACUUUCCUUUCCCCACAUGGGGAGCAGAAAUUCCCACACAUCACAGGUGACUGUGUAAAUUGGUACAGCCACAAGGGCAAGAGUAUAGCCAUUUCUAUCAAAAUUACACAGGCAUAGCCCCUUUGUGCUAGGUCUCUUCUGUCUGCCCCUGCAGACCCAGUGUCUGCCUUCCGUACCCUUUACUGUGCCUUGGGAUCCUGUCUUGUAUGGGGACAGCCUGUGACCGGUUGGGAUCAGCCAAUAGAGAGACCCAAGGAGAGAAGGGAGGAAAGACAGUGAGGGAUGUUUACCCUUCCGCCCCCUCCCUGCACAGUCACCUUGGACCGGUGGUACCUGGCUUACAUCGUAGCUCCUUAUCCAGGAUUCUCUUCUUCCAAAUUCCAGUAUUGACAUCUUCUCUCUGCACCUCUAGCCCAGGGUGAUAACGGCUCCAGCUGUUGUUAGUUUCAGAUACUAUACUCUUCCUUAUGGUUCGCCUACAUCCUGUUGACACAUUUGUAAAUAGUCCCUUGAUUGAAAUCUUCCCCAAAUCAUCCUAACUUGAAUGUGCUGUUUCCUGCUGGGACCUUGACUGAUACACCCUUUAGCCCACCAAUCCUGCUUCUGGGAAGCUUUCUCACACUUGACAUGUGCAGAAUGACGUAUUUCCAAGAUAAUCCACUGCAGAAACUGUUGAAAGAAACUCAGAAUUCCACCACAGGGACUGGUACAAACCAUGGUAUUUCCAUAGAGUAGACUAUGCAACUAUUUUUUAAAAAAACAGGAAAUUCUCUUUGGUGCUGAUGCAGAAAGAACUCCCAGAUAUUUUUAAGUGGAAAAAGAAGAAAUUGGACAGGGAAUGUAUAUGCAGUCUCUGUGUAAAAAGAGAAAAAAAAAGGUAAUGAUAUAUAUAUACAUUUUUGCUUAUGCAUGAAGAUAUUAUAAAGGACUCACAAAAGACAAAAAUAGUUUUCUGAAAAGAAGCAAGACCCUUCACUACUUACUUUUUGGAAUGUUUAAAAUUUUGGAGCCAAAUGACUAUGUUACCUGUUCACAAGUUAAAUUUACAAUUUCUCCCUGACUAGGUAAGGAAUUGGUCCCAGAGCUGAGAAAAGGCUGCUCAUGUAAAUGGGGUAAAUGGUCCAGCUCCCAGAAGGGCAGAGGGAACCUGGAAUCAGAAAUUUCCUGCUAGUCUUUCGUUGUCUUGUCUUUGCCCCUUACCUUUGCAAUUUAAUUAGACGCUUUAGAAUUUUGAUCACCUAAUACUGAUUUCUUUUCAGAUGUAAAAGUAAAGAAAAGUUACAUAAAAUAGCAAAGAUGGUUUUGAGCCAGAAUGUCUCAGCAAUUGGACCACUUAAUUUGUAUCCCGUAGUGCACAUCAGCCUCGUGUUUGGUAUUUCAUAUAUUUUACACGAUUUUUCAAAUGAAUACUGCACUUUAAAGAUGACAUUACAAAAUUUCCGGUCAGUCUUAUCGUGGGAAGUAAGAAACCAUUCAGUUGUACCAACUCACUAUAUGUUAUGGUACACCAUCAUAAGUAAACCACAAAAUAUGACACUCGUCAAGGACUGUACCAAUAUCACGAGAUCCUUUUGUGACCUAACAGAUGUGUGGGGAAACGUGACGGACACAUACAUCCCCAGAGUGGUGGGAUUCAGAGGAGGCACACAACUGGUCAAUUGCAUGGGCUCUUUCUUCCUGGAAACUGACACAAUGUCUUUGGACCCACCAGAGUUUGAGAUUGUCGAUUUUACGGACCACAUUGACGUGAAAGUGAAAUUUCAGUCGGUCACUCCCAAGAUACUAGAUGGAGAGGAAUUACAGUUUUACUUAGCGCACGUCAUCGAAGAGCAGUCAGGGGGAGUUGUUAAGAAGUAUAAACCUGAAGUAAAUGGAAACAUUACUGAAAAUUUCAAUUAUGUCAUCAACAAGUUAAUCCCAAACAUAAACUACUGUGUAUCUGUUUAUUUUGAGCCUAAAGAUCCGGAAAAAAUUAAUAGAUCUCCCUUAAAAUGUACCCUUCUUCAACCUGGACAGGAAUCAGAGUCGUCAGAAUCUGCCACAAUAGGAGGAAUAAUUACUCUGUUUUUAAUAGUUGCUGUCUUCAUAAGCACCAUAAUGAUACUGAAACGGAUUGGUUAUAUAUGCUUAAGAAACGACUUCCCCAAAGUUUUGAAUUUUUAUAAAUUGUCAGCCUGGGUCUUUCCUGAGCUGCCUCCGCUGGAAAAAGUGGCUACCGUGGAGAUCAUUCAUGUCAACCGAAAGAAGAAAGUGUGGGAUUAUAGUUAUGAUGAAAGUGACAGUGAUGACGAAACAGCCCCGCAAGUAAGCGCAGGUGGUUACACCAUGCAUGGACUCAGGCCCCUGGGGCCCGCCUCCACCUCCUCGGCCACCUUGGAGGACUGCAGUGACCAGGCCACCGAGGAGCUGGACCUGCCUGAGCCUGAGGCUGUCACUGAGGCCGCCAUGGCACCAGGGCCCAGCCCCUGGCAGUCAGAAUGCACAAGUGGGGCCCACGAGGUCAGUGGGGAUCUGCUGCAGGAUGCCCUUUCCGAGGAGGGCAGCAGCCCCACUGAGGACUCUGGGGACAGAAUUAUCUUCAAUGUGGAUUUGAACUCAGUGCUUGUGAGGGUCCUUGACGACGAGGAUGAUGACAACUCGGAAGUCACUCCAAUGUUAUCAUCUCUUCCAGAAGAGGCUGUCAUGCCAGAGGGUCCCGCUGAAACAGACUUGAGCCUUCUGGUGGCCCGCAGAGAAGGGACACAGCUGCCCUUCCCCAGCCCCUCCGCGGAGUGCCUGUGGCCUGAAGAUGCUCCUUCUGAUCACAGUGACACUUCUGAGUCAGAUGUUGUUGACACUGGGGAUGGUUAUAUAAUGAGAUGAAUGAAUCCAGAAAUAUUUAAUUAACUUGGACGAAUGCUACCUCCAAGCUUCCCCCUCCUAGAACCCUUGUUCUCCAAGGGAAUGAGUAGGAGACUGCAGAGUCACUGUUCUUCCUGAUGACAUCAUCUAUGCAAAUUCCCAGUAAGGGGAAGGGGAGGUGGGAACCGCACUAUCCUGCUAUCAUUCAGUGCAUUGUUUACAAGUUCAAAGCAAUUGGCUUUGAAGGGAAAAUGCCCUGCCCAUCCCCUUUACUGUCAUGAAUUUAUAAUGUUUCUGCAUCCUGUCCCCCAGAGUAAGGAGCAAGAUUUCCUGUGGUUUUCAUGGGGUGGUCCAGGGCCCCGUAAGAGUUCUGGGAAAUUACUAAAUUGGGCCAGAGUGGAGUGGGGGAGAGAAAAGGAAGACACUCAGCAGGGUUCAUAGUGGGAGCAGUCAGCACAGGCUCAAGGAAAGAGCAAGAAAGCAGGCAGAAAGAGAGGGAGGCAGGGGGUGCAUCUGGAGAGAAAGGAAGGACACACACAAGGAAACAGAAGCACAUGCUCUGAGUUGGAAGUAGGGAAGGCCCAGCCACGUCCUGGCCAUCUCCCAGAUGAUAUUCUGUCUCCUACGCUCUUGAGAAUUUAACUUUCAGCCCCUGGUUCAGCCCUCUUCAGUUUGAGUGAGGAAGACAGACUCACACACAUAAAUUACUCUAGAGCCAGGCAGAUGACUUAUAGAGAAAGAUUUGCAUUAAGGAGAGGGACUAAAAUCUCAGCGUCAUUUUUUAAGAUUUAAUUUUGUAUAAUGGAGGUUGGUAAAAAAUAAAACAUACUUUUUCAUACAAA